CUCGUGUACUAUUCGUAUGUUUCCGGUUUAGUUAUGUUAAAAUUUGUGUCUUUUCCGUCUUAAACAGCAAACAUGACGGGUUUUAGUAAAAAGCCUAUAUUAAUUGAUGGCCGCGGCCAUUUAUUGGGACGCUUAGCUGCUAUUAUUGCUAAAACUUUACUUCAAGGAAAUACAGUCGUUGUCUUACGAUGUGAAGAAUUAAAUAUUUCAGGAAACUUCUUCAGAAAUAAGUUGAAGUUUAUGUCAUUUUUGCGUAAAAGAUGUAAUGUAAAUCCAGCUCGCGGUCCUUUCCAUUUCCGAGCACCUUCAAAAAUCUUAUGGAAAACAGUUCGUGGUAUGGUACCACACAAAACAGAACGUGGAAAGCAAGCACUUCGUAGAUUAAAGGCAUACGAAGGAGUACCUCCACCAUAUGACCGAAGGAAGCGAUUGGUAGUUCCAGGUGCAAUGCGCAUCAUGUGUUUAAAACCUGGCAGAAAGUACUGUCACGUUGGAAGAUUAUCACAUGAAGUUGGAUGGAAAUACCAAGGUGUUGUACGCACAUUAGAAUCAAAACGUAAAGUGAAAGCUGUUUUGAGUAUUCGUAAACGUGAUAAACUCAAGAAAAUUACUAAAGAUGCUGGCAAAGUUGUAGAGAAACAAACAGCACCAUUUACAGCUGUUAUUAACUCUUAUGGUUACAACUAAUUUAUAAUUUUUAAUAAAUAAAAAUAAAAAAAGAGUUUAUAAAAAA